CAAAAUCUCGACAAGGAUGAACAGAGUAUAAGGGAGUUCAAAAACAAUUGUGAGAAGCGAUCUCAAGGGCUAGAAGCUAUGGUACUUCAAUUAAAACGUCAAAUAGAGAAUUUGGAAUACGAAAAGAGGUCCAUUUUGAAUCAAAGUCAAGAUUCAAUGGAGAUUAUUGCAACAAGUAGUAACAAUUCAUCGAGUAACGCUGAAGUAGCAAAAUUGAAAGACUUUGUGAAAAAGCUUGAAUGUGAUUAUCAAAAAGAGACAGAAAAGAACAAGCGUUCUGAAUCAGAAAUAAAGCAAUUACGCGAACAGGUAAAAAAUCUUGAGAAUUCUAACCAUGCCGAAGAUGUAGUAAGAUUAAGAGAACAAGUAAAAAGACUUGAACUUGAGCUGAAACAAGAAUGUGAAAAUAGCAAGAAACUUACGGCUAAACUUUCAAAAACAUCUGUUUCCAGAAAACUAAAUCCAGCUGAGCUUGAUCAAAAGUCAAAAGAAAUGCAAGAACAAGUAUCACUAUAUGCAGAAAUGUCUAAUCUCUUAAUCCAAAAUGUUAAAGUGAUCUCACAAGACGAAAGAAGCUUUAAAUGCCUUCAUAGCGGAAGGAAUGGAA